GGUUUGACAUCCACAUUUGACGUCGAGCUUUGCGGGUGAGUUGACGUCAGCUAAGCUUAGCUGGCAUCAACUCUCUACUUCGGACACUCUCUUAGGGGGCAGAUCGAGCUCUAUGUUCCUCCAACGUACGCGAUGCGGUAUACCUCCAGAAAGGAAGAUAAUCAACACAGUACUGUAUCUAAUAUUUGAGCGGACAUUUCUGCGGAAUCAGGCUGAAGCUAGAUUCGUACACGUCGAUCCACGCGCGCUCGUUUCACGCAGCUUCCUUGCACUCGCUGCGGACGAUAGGGGGUAGCAGUCGAAACCGCGCAACGGGUGGCGGGAUGGCAGCCGCUGCUCCCGCCGAUUCCGAGCAUUCCGCUCGUUCCGCACCCUGUCACUGCCUCCUUCCCCAUUCCUCACCCCCUCAUCUCUCCGCCACCCCCGCUGCUCCCGCUGCUCCCGCCACCCCCGCGGUAUCGCCGGGACGUUCCGCGCCUUGCGCCCUCCCCGCGCGCCUCUCGCGCAAGGAGCGGCGGCGCGAGGCGAAGAAGGCGCGCAGGCAGCAGCAGCGGCGGGAACGCGCGAUCGCAGCGGCGGAAGCCCUCGCGCGGGAGGAGGAGGAGCGGGAGAGGCGGGCGCAAGGGGACAGUGCGGAGCGAUGGGCACGGAUAGAGGAGGAGAGGCGGAGGAGAGAGGCGGAAGACGAGGAGAGGAGAGCGCGGGAGGAGGGGGAGAGGAGAUGGUUGGAACGAGAAAGGAAGAUCGAGGAAGAGAAGAGGAGGAAGGAGCAGAGGGAGGAGGCGAGGAGGAGGUGGAAAGAGGACGCAGCAGCAGCGGCGGCCACAGCAGUGGCAGGUGCAAACACAGCAGAACGGGAGGAGAAGACACAGCCAGGCUCGCAGCAGGCGGUGCAGAAGCAGGAGGAGGAGGAGGGAGAGGAGGUGGAGGUGGAGGUGGAGGUGGGGGGGGUGCCGGACAUAGUGUGGGAGGGGGAUGACAUCAUCGUGCGGAAGAGGCGGGUGAAGAUGAGAAGGAGGAAGGGCGACAGGCUGCCUGGGGAGGUGGACGGCACCUCUGUGCCCGUGCCUGUCUCAGCCACUGCUGUGGCCGACGGUGUGGCACCAGCAGGGGCAGCAGGGGUGGUACGGGCAGCAGGAAGCAUCGGUGAAGAGACCGGGUCAAGCGUGGCAGGCAGAGCAGGGGAUGCUGGCAAGCCAGCUCUAUCCGCGCCACCAUUCACCACUGCAUGUCGACUCGCCAGCCCCAAAACCACAUCGCUCCCACACACUGCACCGCACGCGGUGCUUCUACAGCAACAGCAGCAGCUGCAGCAGCCCACAGUUCCAUCCACCUCUGCUCUUCUCCCGCCACCCAUGCACCCACCUAUCUCUGCACCUCGCAGGGCUCUACCCCCGUCCCUGCUGCCGCCCCUCCUAUCUUCGCCGCUGCUCUCCACACCUGCCAAUGCUCCUCCCCUCUUCGCUCCGCUUCUCUCCACCCCGUCAUUCACUCCCAUGCCCUCUGCCAUGCCCGUUCCGUCCACUGCUGCUGCCACUCCUGCACCGGUCACUAUGGUUGCUGCUGCAGUGGCGGCCGCAGCAGCUAUGGCGUCAUCCCUUCCUCUCGCCACUGCUGCCAUGGGUGCUGCUGAAUCUGCUUUUGCAACGGGAGCCGCUGGCGCAUGCUCCUCACUACCGCUCUCAUCUUCACUUCCCACGGAUGAGCCUUUCCCAGGACUGCAGACACUGACAACGGCGAUGCUAGCAGGGGGGUCAGCAAUACCAGCAGUGCCAGUGGCAGCAGGGCCAGGAGGAGUGGAGGGGAGAGAGGUAGCAGCUUUGCUUGCAGGCAGUUCUGCAUGCGGCAGCGCUCUCAGCGACCAGCAUCCCCCCCUCUGCCCGCUCUUCCUCAAGACUGGCGCCUGCCGCUUCGGCCUCUCCUGCACGCGCCUGCACUCAUAUCCUCACCCGCACCUCACCCACACACUCCUCCUCCCCAACCUCUACCAGGGGCCUGGCUUGCCCCCUCUCGGUUCCUCUUCCUCCUCCUCCUGUCUUUCUGCUUCUGCUGUCGCCGCUUCAGAGCAAUGCCAUCCUUAACCCGUUUCUUCUCCACCACCGA